AUGCAGGUCUUUUGGUCAAGCACCCCCGACCAUGUGGCGCUGGCACGCGAGCUGUACUUGGACCUCUUCAGCGUCGUGUACCAGGCUUUCCACACGCCGCACGCGAGUUAUCUCGAGCUUGUACACCGCGCGCUUGCCGGUAUUCCAGAGGAGAUCGAGUGGGAGUCCGCUGAGUUUGAUGAGUUUACCGCCACGCCUGUGUGGGAUCGUCCCGCGGACCAGUCGCUACGGUACCUCGUUGGAGACUGGGCUCGUCCGACUGAGCUGUAG